AUGUCGUUAACUUCAAUGGAAUAUAAAAGUCAAGGUAAUAAAUAUUAUUCAAAUAAUGAAUGGUUAUUAGCGAUUGAAUCGUACAGUGAAGCAAUAAAACUUAUUGAAAAUAAUGUUGAAGAAAAUCUUCCAUUAUAUUUAUUAUAUUCAAAUCGCUCAGCUGCUUAUAUUCAAGAUAAGAAUUUUUAUUCUGGUUAUGAAGAUGCUAAACAAUCAUUAAAAUUAAAAAAAGAUGGAAAUUUUAAAGGAUUUUAUCGUGCAGCUAUUUGUGCAUAUCAUCUUGGUUUUAUUGAACAAUCUCAACAAUUUAUUAAAGAAGCAACACAAGAUCAUCAACAAAAUCUUAUUAAUUAUUUAGAUUUAAAAUUAUUAAUAGAAAAAAAAGUUAAUUGUAUGAAAAAAUGGCGAAAACCAAUUGCAACAGCUAAAAAAUCAAUAAAAAAUCUUCAACAAAUUAUUCAAAAAAAAGUUUUGAUGUUUGAAAUUCCAUCUAUUCUUUAUCAAAUUCGUUAUUUAUUACGAGCAUUUUUUGACAAUAAAAAAGAUAAAAAAUUAAUGAAUAUGGAUACUGGUGAUCUUGGUUUACGACUACAUGAAUUGGCUGUACAAUUUAAUUCUGUUUUUCAUGUUGAAGUAUGUUUUACAUUUAUUAGUAAGAAUUUUUAG